ACCAAAGUCAGCUGUCUAGUUCUGCUGUCAACCACAGGCUGUCAACAUUAACAAAUUUGUCCAUUAUUUUAUCAAACAAAAAAAUCGCUUAAAACAGUCGAAAUGGAUACUUAUGAAAGUGUUGUGCUAGUGAAACCAGAAGUUUAUGUGUUCAAUGUUCCGCCCAGACUUUCAAAUCGCGGUUAUCGUGCUGCGGACUGGAACCUGGGCGAGCCCGAAUGGACCGGCCGAAUGCGCUUGAUUUCCAAAGGAAAUACGCUGUCCAUUAAGCUCGAGGACAAAAACACUGGGGAACUUUUUGCAAGGUGCCCCAUUGAAUCUUAUCCAGGAGUGGCGAUAGAAUCAGUCACCGAUUCUUCAAGAUAUUUCGUUUUAAGAAUACAGGAUGAUAAUGCAUUGAGAACAGCUUACAUUGGAAUAGGAUUUGGCGAUCGAUCCGAUUCCUUUGACUUGAAUGUCGCGCUUCAAGACCAUUUCAAGUGGGUGAAGAAAGAGAAGCAGAUAAGUGAGGAACCCAGUGCGCCUUCGUUGGAUUUGGGAUUUAAGGAAGGAGAAACAAUCAAGAUUAACAUGAAAAUUACUAAAAAAGACGGCGAAGGAAACUCAAAGUCAAAGAACAAAACUGGAGGUCCAGCUGGUUUAGGGCUGUUGCCUCCGCCGCCAAGUGGAAAAUUGCCAGUUCCUUCAGGCAGUUCUCCUGCAGGUUCUCCAGCUCAUGCACCCAAACCAGAGGCGGUUCCUUCUGCAGAUACAUGGGGAGAGUUUACAUCUGCUCAAACAAGUACAUCAACGCAACCUCAAUCGAGUCCCAAUACCAACUGGGUACAAUUUUAGUUCGUAUUCACGUGAUAAUUUGUAUGAUUGUUUGUUUGUAUGUAGGACAGAGCUAGCAAGUUAUAUCGUUUUGCGUUAUCAUUUAUAUUGAAGUUAACUAUUUUAAUAUUUUAUGGACUUAUGAUUAAGGACUACUUGGUAAGUUCACAGCAGUAUUUUCGGUCUGAUAGUAAAUUUUAAAGGCGAAGGUUUUUGAUAGAUUUGAGUAUUAAAGCUGGCAAAUUGUUUUGUUAUUGGGGGAUUUUAGCUCUCUUUAAGCUGUUGUGGGGAUAUUCCUCGAUCUAUUAUUAAAAAUACAUUCCGUUUGUAUCAGGGCUGUACUUGAUAUACUUUAUUUUUAUUCCCGAAUAAUGAUUUAUGUGCUGUCCUAAUGUCAGAGCUAUUUACUUUAUAAAAAUUUUAUUUUUAAUUACUUAACGUACUUGGUACUUGAAAGGGGGUUACAAAUGGGUUAAAGAUUCAUUUUUGCAUGUCUGGCAAGUACCGUUUUUGAGACACGUUGUUACUUAUCAGUGGUUAAUUGUUGAGAUUACUUUCUUCUCUUACAGUUGUUUCUUGCAAUUAUUUAGCACUCGAUUAUCAUCGAGGACCGGAUAGGUUUUAAGUGUGUAAUUAGUGUAUAUUUAUUACGUGGAAUAAGCUGAAUUAUCUUUGCGAAUGUACUGUAUAAUAAUAUUCCAGUUACUUUCCAUUCUAACUGUUAAAUAACUAGUAAGGUCACGUAUCAAAUUCUUAAGCCACAUUUUACUGUAAAAAAACUAGCAAAUUUGAAAUAACGAUUUAAUCCAGUAUCGUAGUCGCAAAGGAGACCAUGUACUUAGUUGCGUUCAAGGGUUUUUCAGAUAUUCAUGAUAUAAGUUAUAUGAUAGGGUAAGGUAUAAAAGCAAGUCUUAAGGAGUAUGUUAACAAUAAAGCAGUUUGUUUAGAAAAACUCUUACGGCGUAGAAUUAUACUUUUGAGUAAAUAUAA